GUUGAAGGCAUACUAGACAACAACUGUUCAGCCUGUAACAUCAUUGAUGUUAGUCUUGCAUAAUCAAAGCUAAAUUUGAAUCAAGAGGCAUAACUUUGUGAUUUGAGCUGUAAUGGAUUUAAAGAAUAGAGCGACAGACAAGACACCUUCUAGGCUGUCUAAUGGCCGGAGCAGCUGUAGCUCUUGUAUUAGCGUAUCAAGGACUAGAACUAGAUCGGUGUCUACCAGCUCUUCAAAGCAGGCAUUAUCUAAUAAGAUGAAGCGGAACAAGAGGGAUGGCACACCCGACAAGAUGGUGAGUCCAAACAAUUCGCAGUCACAGAUGGAAGAGGAUCAGAUUCUACCAAGCAAGCAGAUUAUCAAUGGUGAAGACAUCCAAGCUCUUGCUAUUGACCUCUCACAGUUACAAAAGUUACGAGCACCUCGUCCACCAUCAGGUGAUAAAGCAAAAACUGAAGCUACACGAAAAGUGAUUGUGCGCAAGAUGAAAUCCAAGAUGGAGUUGGAUGCCCCCAAGAUGAAAACAAUGACGAUAGCUAAGCCAGCUACCCCCAAUGCACCUCUCAUGGCAGACGACUAUUCAGGCUGCAGUGGGCCUCGUUUUGACACCACUGGUAAGAUUAUACCACACAGCAUUCUUGGAACAGUAGACGACUUCAAAUAUGAAGCCAUGAUUCGGGGUCAUAUGAAAUCACCAGAUAAUUUAGAAGCACCAAGCCGCCCUCAAACCCCAAAAGUAAAGUUUGAAAAACCUCAGAAGGUGACCACACCAAGAGAUGCAUUUUUGAAUGAGAACAAUGCCCUUAGGAACUGGCAGAUGAAGAUGUUGGAACGCAAGAGGACACAAGGCUAUAUCUCCAAGUUACUACAGAGGCCAGCAGAUACACUAGUGAUGAACCAGGCCAAAGAAUACCGUGAGACACAGGAGCAACGGUACCAGUUAGACAGAGCAAUCCCAGCCGUCCAGUAUGGCAAAGGAUACCGUGUUGGCAGUGAGUUCUGGAAGCAACAGGAGAGGAUUGGGGAUGAUCUCUCUGGAAUACAUAUGACAUUGACACAGACAGAACGCGGAUACCCACCUCCAGUGGAGCAUAUUGGUCAUCCAGACACCGUUCAAAAGGAAAUGGGUGUUCAACUUGAAGGUGUACGCUCAUCUACACCAGUCAACUAUCCUUGGAAGAAAUCGACUUACUUCAAAGAUUGGAAGAAUAAACUGAGAGAUGUCAUGAUAGACCUGGAUGAGUUUAAACCAGAUAUAGAUAACCUCCAGGUGAUCGGACGGAGUAAAUCCACGUUAAUGGCUGAAAGGGAAGAUCAAGAACUGCUAAAAGAGGGUUCACUUCCAGCAACACUCCCUGAAAACCAAGAAAAUAUUGACCCCUUGGCUGGGCAACCAGAUCUUGAGGAACAGUUCAUUGGCCCAUCGUUACAGUUUAACGGAUUCAAGGCACGAUGGGCUGGUGACAGUCACAGCAUGAAGGGGCAGUUAGCCUGCUCAGCCAGGGUCACAUUUGAGGCGUUCUCAGGUGUUCGCAAUACCUCUCACCUGUACCUUGUGAAUGAUGGCACUACUACUAUCUAUUAUAAUUGGAAGAAAAUUCCCAAAGUAAAUCCAUUUGAAGGCUGUGCAACACCAAAAAUCCAACGCUUUUACUUCAACACCAGUAGUGGAGUGUUACUGCCAGGAGACAGCCUCAAGUUUCCAUUUGUCUUCAAGUCCCCUAAUGCUGGUAUCUUCACUGAGAAAUGGCAUCUAGAGACCAAGCCUACAGUUUGCAAUGGAGCUGACCUGGAGGUCAUUCUCAGAGGCGUUGCUCUACAAGAAGACAAGAACAAGAAGGCUAGAAAUGAGCUUGAGAGGGAGCUGUUGCACAAGCAAGCUGAAGCCAAUGUCCGCAUGAUUGUCGAUGAGCUUGUUGCAGGUGUCCGCACGCCUGACCGAGCGAGAUCUCCAGUCGACGCCUACAUUACAGAUGAAGAGGUGUUUGAAAGACAAAACCUUGGGAUGCACUUCUCCAACGAUGUUGUAAACCAGUUGAAGCAGGUGUACUUGGAGCAGUUUCCAGAGGAGGAGCGUGAGGGAGUAAGUUGGGAUCUUUCAGUCUCCAACAUGAAAAAGGAACUACUUGCAUUAGAGGAUGAAGAUCUAAGGGAAGAACUACUUAAUAAGAUGAACAUGGCUGUUACAUCAUUGUACUUCCCUCCCUUCACUCCAGCACAAACCAAAAUGUAUAAAGUAGGAUAUAACUUGAUAUCUGAAACUAUUGAUAAAAUGGUGACAAAUGCAAUGAUCUUGAGAAACAUGUUGGGUAUGGCAGAGAAGGAAGAGACCAUGCCAGAGACAGACCAGAUACUUGCAGCAAAUGAGAAUCUACGAGGAAUAGCGAAGGGCAAGAGAGAGAAGAAGAAGAAAAAAGAUAACAAAGAAGAGGAGAAAAAGGAUGGAAAGAAAGACAACAAAAAAGCAAAAGGAAAAGACAAAGAGGACAAAGAUAAAGACAGACCCAAGAGCAAGAAUAAAGGAAAAUCCAGGAUGGCUUCUAGCCCGACCCCCACAAGGGAGAGGAAACCACCUCAGGCGAAGGCGCCAGCAAUACCUAAAGAUAUGAGUCCAGUCAGCUGUGGCGACCCCGUUCUUGAUGCAAAGUUCAGAUCUAAGCUUUAUGUACAGAUGUAUGGUUUCCUUGGCGACAUGAUGGAGAAGAUGGUGGGCAUGUUUGAGGAUAUCAAAAUGGAAGAGGAUCAGAUAAUCCUGAAUGCAUUGUCAUAGCAACUGUACUACACCAUGCUCUAGAGAGUAGGAUGAGCUAAUGAUGAUGAAGGUGGAUAAAGAAAAAGAGGAAUGAAUAAAUGUAACAUUGCAAUUUUAUUUUAUAAUAUACUGGUAUAUUUAUUGUAUCUUAUUUCUCAAGUACAAGCUUACCCCUUUUGAACAUGAAAUUGGAUCAUUUUUAGGGGGCAGGGGCAAGGGAGUGGCUUACUUAAAGGCCAGAAAAUUCAAUAAUGC